AUGAUCCACCAGGCCUCCACCACCGCUCCGGUGAACAUUGCGACACUCAAGUACUGGGGCAAGCGAGACCCUGCUCUCAAUCUGCCCACUAACAACUCCAUCUCCGUGACUUUGUCGCAGGAUGAUCUGCGGACCCUCACCACAGCCUCGUGUUCCCCUGAUUUCACCCAGGACGAGCUGUGGCUCAAUGGCAAGCAGGAGGACGUGAGCGGCAAACGUCUGGUUGCGUGUUUCCGAGAGCUGCGGGCUCUGCGACACAAAAUGGAGGACUCCGACUCUUCUCUGCCUAAGCUGGCCGAUCAGAAGCUCAAGAUCGUGUCCGAGAACAACUUCCCCACCGCCGCUGGUCUCGCCUCAUCGGCUGCUGGCUUUGCCGCCCUGAUCCGAGCCGUUGCAAAUCUCUACGAGCUCCAGGAGACCCCCGAGCAGCUGUCCAUUGUGGCUCGACAGGGCUCUGGAUCCGCCUGUCGAUCUCUCUACGGAGGCUACGUGGCAUGGGAAAUGGGCACCGAGUCUGACGGAAGCGACUCGCGAGCGGUCCAGAUCGCCACCGCCGACCACUGGCCCGAGAUGCGAGCCGCCAUCCUCGUUGUCUCUGCCGACAAGAAGGACACGUCGUCCACUACCGGUAUGCAGGUGACUGUGCACACUUCUCCCCUCUUCAAGGAGCGAGUCACCACUGUGGUUCCCGAGCGGUUUGCCCAGAUGAAGAAGUCGAUUCUGGACCGAGACUUCCCCACCUUUGCCGAGCUCACCAUGCGAGACUCAAACCAGUUCCACGCCACCUGUCUGGACUCGUAUCCUCCCAUUUUCUACCUCAACGACGUGUCGCGAGCCUCCAUUCGGGUAGUUGAGGCCAUCAACAAGGCUGCCGGAGCCACCAUUGCCGCCUACACCUUUGAUGCUGGACCCAACUGUGUCAUCUACUACGAGGACAAGAACGAGGAGCUGGUUCUGGGUGCUCUCAAGGCCAUUCUGGGCCGUGUGGAGGGAUGGGAGAAGCACCAGUCUGUGGACGCCAAGAAGAUUGAUGUUGACGAGCGGUGGGAGUCCGAGCUGGCCAACGGAAUUCAGCGGGUGAUCCUUACCAAGGUUGGAGGAGAUCCCGUGAAGACCGCUGAGUCGCUUAUCAACGAGGAUGGUUCUCUGAAGAACAGCAAGUAG